CCUAUCCUACCCUGCUCUCCUUGUCACACCACCACACAUCUCGUCAACUCAGCACUGAAAGAGCAAGAAGUUCGAUUCUCGGCCAAACCGCAUAAUUCAACGUUCCACGUUAACCGCGCACUUCAGAACAGAUUAUUCUUAGAGUGAAUCAGUCGACGAGGGGAAAAAAUACGAACAGUAGACAGAGGAGAGAGGGGGGAUUUCAUGGCCAUUUUCGCAUCUGGUGCAGAAAUAGUAGGGUUUUCCGCACUGUAACGCAUUGCAGGAUGGAGGACUGAAGUGGGAACAAUCAGGAGGUAUUCUCCGAAUAGUUGACAAACCCUACAGCCUGAGAGUGAACUGUUCGAGGAAUAUAGCCUAUUAGAAAAUUAUAAUCGAUCGCAAUGGCCUGAAAAGUUAUAAUAGACGUACAAGAAAGCAUUAAUGGUAGCCCGAUGCUAAGAGUUCGUGAAUGCCAUAGACUGAUCAUUGCCAGCACCCCACUUGCACUUGCCGCUCGGACAGUCUCUGAAUUUCAACGGAGCAUACAUUUCAUUGCUGAUUAAGCGGAGUGGAAAUUAUGAGAUUCGGUCUAAUUAUUUGCCUCUUUGGAACAGCUACCCAUGCUGCAUACUUCUCUCAGCAACCACAGGAUGAGAUUGUGGUUGCUGGCCAGUCUGUGACCCUUCCAUGUGUUAUAGUUGGAUAUCAAGGCAUGGUACAAUGGACCAAAGAUGGACUUGCCCUGGGUGGGGAGCGAGAUCUGCCUGGUUGGACAAGAUAUUCCCUGAUGGGUGACCCACUACUAGGGGAGCACAGUCUGUUAAUUCACUCAGCGGACCUGGCUGAUGACGCAACUUAUGAGUGUCAGGCCACACAGGCAGCAAUACGCUCCCAUAAGGCAAAACUCACUGUCAUAGUGCCACCAGCAGACCCAGUAGUGGAAGGAGCCCCUUUGCUCAGACUGAAGGCCCAUACCCCAUACAACCUCACCUGCCGGGCCUCAGGGGCCAAACCUGCUGCAGAAAUCACAUGGUACCGAGAUGGAGAGAUCCAGCACACCUCUUUUUAUUCCAAGACCUUCAUGGAUGAUGGAAAAAGGGAAGUAGCGAUUAGUCUACUAUCCAUCACACCUGAAGAUAAGGAUUCUGGACGCACCUACACUUGUCGUGUGUUGAACUCUGCAGCACCAGCUGGACGACAGACUUCGGUCACAAUCAGUGUUCAGCACCCACCAUCAGUGACAUUGUCUGUCCAACCACAGACGGUCUUAGAGGGAGCUAAAGUUAUAUUCAUUUGCUCUGGAUCAGCUUAUCCUGAAAUCACUGGAUACAGAUGGUCGAAAGCAGGCAUUCCUAUUUCUGAGGCAAAUGGAGACAGCCUGGAGGUGACAGUGGAUCACUCCUUUUUCACUGAUCCUGUCUCUUGUGAAGUCUCUAAUUCCGUUGGCAGCACCAAUGUCAGCACCCUGGUAGAUGUCCACUUCGGCCCCAGGCUACUCUCUGAGCCAAAGCCCAUGAUUGUGGACAUAGGAAUGGAGGCAGCCUUCACCUGCUCAUGGACUGGGAAUCCACCUCUCACUAUUGCCUGGACUAAACGAGGAUCCAGCGUGGUCCUCAGUAAUAGUAACACGUUGCAUUUGAAGUCAGUCACUCAGGAAGAUGCAGGAACUUACACAUGCAAGGCCAUUGUUCCUCGUAUUGGUGUGGCUGAAACAGACGUCACCCUCACUGUCAAUGGUCCACCUGUUAUCAUAGCUGAUGCUACACAGCGUGCUGUGAGGCACACCAAGGGCAAGCUGGAGUGUUUGGUGAAAAACAGUCCCCCACCAGAAAGAAUUGUAUGGACAUUUGGAGAUUUGAGUCUUGGACCAGGAUCUUAUGACCGAUUCACGGUGCAGACAUUAGAGAGGCCAACUGGAGUUCUUUCUACACUGGUCCUGUCAGAGACCCUUGCUACAGAUUUUCAAAUACACUACAACUGCACAGCUUGGAAUCGUUUUGGUAUGGGUGCUGCAGUGGUCACACUUGAGGAGCAAGAUGCCUUCCCCAUGGUCAUUAUGAUUGGGGCAUUAGUAGGUGGGAGCUGCAUCCUUAUCAUCUGCUCAAUCACUCUUCUCUCAAUUUGCUGCAAACGCUCCAUCACAGGCCAAAUGAGUACACAACUUACCAAAACUGACCUCAGAGUCCAGAUAGGACAUAACGAUGACAUCAAUGCACGAGUGAAUGGAGAUUUGAAGGAGCCCACAGCUCCACUCAGCAGUGAAUCUCCUGCAACAUCUCACACUGAACACAGUGAUCUGCUGGAUGAGGAUGACGAAAGAUUUGACUUAAAGGACCCCACAAAUGGUUAUUACAAUGUCCGGGAUCAUGAUGACAUCAAAAUUCACAGCAGCAACUUCUCGGAGUAUUCCUCCACCCUGCAAUCUGUGUACCCUUCAAUGCCCUCACAACCAACUAGUCUGAUGUAUGGCCAGCAAGACAUCUAUGACUACUCUCAUCAAGGCACACAGAGACCCUAUAGGCAGGUGUCUGUGCAGAAGACACAGAAUAAUGCAGAGUCUAAUGUCUUUAUCACUGAUCCCCUGUGCAAUGGUUCAACUUUCCAUCCUGCUACAAAUGGGCGAGCUUUCACUAGCUACAUGAAGCCCAACAUUUCCUAUGAAAAAAUAGAUGUCUAUGAACAAUCUGACCAAGCCAGUAAAGUUUCUAGCUCUUCACACUUAUCAUAUGCUUCCUCGCAUAUUUCUUCACAGCAGUCUGACUACAGUAGACCCUCACAACAGCACCAACGCAUGCAAACACAUGUGUGAAAUUUGUAUUAGUGUCUCCCUCAAAAUAUGAUUGUGCUGAAGAAGUUGCAGUUGACUGAAGAAUAUGUCAUCCUUAAUUCAAAUGGAUUACUAGGAUACCAGGGGAAUAUGAAAAUAUGUACAUACUGUAAACGAAACUUUGAAAUAAAUGAAAAUUGACAACAGGUAUCAGAGUAAGAGAAGUAAGAGAAGAAUAAGAAAGUAAGAGAACUUGAAGCGCUUAAUAUAGUUCUAGAAAGAAUGUUCUUUUUGGCACAAAUUGGAUGAAAGUGGCCCAAGCCUGUUGUACAUGUUAUGAACUAUCAAUGCUUUGU